AAAUGGCAAGCACAGGAACUUGCCACUCCAGAGGCCUUUUCUAGGAAUCCCUCGCGUGUCUGGGAGUUUUACCACUACCGCCGCGAGGUCAUGCUCACAAAAGAUCCCAACCCCGCUCACCUGGCCAUCGCUGCGUGUGAGGAGCGACUCUCCAGACAGGGGCGUAAGGUUACCGUCAUCACUCAGAACAUCGACGAGCUCCAUCGCCGCGCUGGAUCCGAGAACAUCCUGGAAAUCCACGGUAGCCUGUUUAAAACUCGCUGUAUGAGCUGUGGUCAUGAAGAGGCCAAUUACAGGAGCCCCAUCUGUGCUGCUCUGGAGGGUAAAGGGUGAGAGCUUCAUCUGGCGGUGUUUGUUUGGUGAAUUCCACUGUUUUCAUCAACAAUAUGAAAAUGCGUUAUUCAUGAUAUUCAUUUGGGCUCAAAAUGCCAGAGAAAACAGGCUGAUUCAGCCUGUCAGAUGUCAGGGAGCUAAAUAACACCUGGUGGCGUGGUGCAACGGAAAACCGUGACUCAAAUGAAAUGUCAGUUUAAAAGCCACUUUGCCACUUCUGUGACAUUUAUAAUUGAUGUUUUUGAUAGCUGACAAAUGUUCCAGUAUUAUAUUCCAACUCGACUGCGAGAAUAAACGAAGGAUGUCACAAGAUGAAUUUGAAAUUGAAUAUCAGAACCGAUCAUGUCACGUUAAAAUGUGUCUAUGCCGACUGUGCUAUCAGUAACUCUUGAUUGAAUUCUGUAAUUUAAUCAGAAUAUACAGUAGGUGCUGUGAACUCGCUGUUUCGAUAUAGACACUGGAAGGAACCAGUGAGCCCACGCAGAUAACUGCUGGAGGGUUGAUUCAAAAGACGAGAAAAAUAUCACACGUACAGUAAGUGUAGAAAUGAAUAAAUAAAUAAAGUAACUGAAAGUGGGAGACUCCUCCUAUAGAAAACGAGUCCAUGGACCGUCUGUGAAAGCAGCUCAUUAUAUAGUUAUGUCUUAUUGUUGGGUGACCUCUAGUGGCCGAAGUAAUUAUGAGGGGCGCUACAGAGGAAGUCUGUCGUUGAGAGAAGUUGUAUAUAUAGAGUGACAAAGUCCACGUUACGAGGAGGUUGAGGUGGCUGGAUGGGUCGACAACACGCAGGACUUUCACGCAGGAGGCCGCUGUUUUUUCCCAUGUGAGACCGAUAGUCAGCUUGUUUGUUUUUAUCCAUGACCGUUCCACAGCCUUAACCAUUUGUAUAUUGUUGUAACCAUGACGAUGAAGAUCCGGUACGCUACUGUGGGCCGUAUCCGCAGGUGGGGACAGACGACCUAAAUGGUCAUUUAGGUUCGAGGACCUGUUGGAAAACAUAAUUGGAAGUAUCACUUCUCAGGAUCAGUUUUCAGGCUGAUCUGGAUUUUUUUUUGUCAGUAAUUAUAAAUUUGUAAUGUUUUCUAAAAUGGAAUUUAUUUACUAUUAUUUUUUUUAUUGUGUCAAACACA